AAAUGAUCAAAACGAAACCAAGUGAGGAUGACAGUGAACUGGAUUUAUCAGCUUUAUGUCCAAAGGUUAGCUCAGCCACUGCAGCCAAGGAGCUGUCUGUAUCGGACACUGAUAUCUCGGAGAUAUCUUGGACUGACAAUGGAACUUUUAAUUUAUCUGAGGGAAACACUCCACAGACAGACACAUCUGAUGUGGAUUUUGAUCGGCCAAGCGAUCACGAGGAAGCUUUCGCAAAGGAUCUCGCAGAAUUCCCGUCCGUGGAAAACGGCGCCGAGACAAACGAUGAGGAUUCGAGCAUUGGUUUACCAGUGCGGCAUAAAAGGAAAAAAGCUCACCCACCAACCUCAUUGGACCAGUAUUACAAGCAGGAUAAGGAAGGGGCCUCCGCAGCAGGCCUUCCCUUGUCUUUGGUCAACGACCAGGCCUUCAGCUUGGUGACAGCAAUUGCCGGCGAUGUCGUGACAUCGGUGGUAUCGGCAGCCAUCAGAGAACAGUUGCAAUCUGUGCCGGAAAUCCCAAGCGAAGAGGCAGAGGCAGAAGAAGGAGAUGAUUUCGAACUGCUCGAUCAGUCGGAGCUCGAACACAUGGAGAGUGAACUACCAAUGCCUACCAAAAGCCCAAAGGCAGAGCCCCAGGAAAAAAAGAAGUCUUCGGGCUUUCUCUCAAAUCUGCUCGGUGGGCAUUAACGCGGAAAGGGAAGCUGCUUAAUAUAGUAUAUUGAUAUAAAAACAAGACAAUGUGAAAUGCAAGGGAGAGGAAUUGACGAGCUGUUAAGCUUUACCUAUUAUUCUAGAUGUGCUGUAACAUUCUUCAUGCAGAGUGAACGAACGUGUUCUUAGAUCAGUUGAUGCUGGUUAGCUUUGUUUUAUGAUAGUUGAUGCCAUAGAAAUGAAAUCACGAUAUUUUCAUUCACAGCAAUUUUAAGAGGCUUCUUAUACAAAUGUAGCUCAGUUUUGGCUGUCGCCAAAUCUUUGUCACUUUCAGCCUGUUACCCCCACCCCAAAAAAAGCAUUUUGGCAGCAAUAUUUCAGGGAGAGAAAAUAUCUGCAAAAUUCAAAAAGCCAUCGUACCCUAACUUAACAAGGCUUCGAACACUUUUUUGCUGCCAUCAUCUUUAACACACCCAAGUCACACAUUCUCUAAUUGAAUAGUAAUUUUUCUUAUGUUAUGAGGACCCAGAUUGUUGUUGGGGGCAAUAUGCUGACUCUGUAAACCGCUUAGAGAGGGCUGAAAGCCCUAU